AUGGCAAGCAUUACCGCCGCCCAGUCCGCUGCGAUGAAGUCUUCGCGCAUCCUUAAGUCCACUUUGGCCGGAUACGACCAGAUCACGGUCGUGACGCAAGGGGCAAUUAACUUCCAGCUCGCUGCAUUUCCCGCACUGUACCCCGGCCUGGAGAAGGUCGAUGUAGUGGACAACGAUAGUAGCUCCACCAGCCAGCAAGUCAACUAUAUGAUUACCGUUGCGAACGACGGUGGUGUUGCACCGCUCAACACCUUCUCCUGGUGGUCAGGGUUUGGCAAGAAUUCGACUCAACAUACUGUUUCGGCCAAUGACUGGCAGUUCACUUUCACCGUCGAUUUGAGCUUGGACCCUGCUACGGAGGACCAAGAUAUACCCCUCGCCAUCAGAAACCAGAUCUUGCAACCCGGAGACUACAGUGUCCUCAAAUUGGUGUUCGAUUUCACCACCGCCAACAUUGUGACAAACAGUGUCGCAUCCGUUACGCCCGGCCUUACCGAUACUUACGGGAAAACUCAACUUUCGAACAUGUGGCAGGACUGGAUCACUACUCAAACUCAGAGCACGAAUGGCAACAACUCGGUGCUCGGCUACAUCAUGACGACCAAUGCUAAUGGUGCUACCCCGAACGGCCAGUGGGGUACAGCUCCGACUGUGCCACCCACGUCUCUUAAAUUCCAGAACUUGGGAUACAUCGACCCGACGACCGGCACCGCGGACCCAAGCGGUGCGCCGAGCCCUGUUGGAGAUAACAAUAUGCUCGUGUAUCUAGAAAUGACGCAGAAACACUCUUUUCCCGGAGUAGGCCUGCUGCAGCCUCUGACCAACUGGGUCAUCCCUCCGACGGCUAACGAGCCGGCUCUCGACGGUCUUAUGGUCCUCGGCAAGAAUGUUUUCCUUGAAGGCUGGCUCCUUCCUCAGCUUCAGACGCUCAACAGUCUCACCGCUGUCACGAUGCUUAGCGCGAACUGGUCUUGGGACGUCAAAGUCAUCUCAUGCUACUACUCGUUCACCUGGACACAGGGCGUCACCUCCGGCACCAAUACCGCCUGGCAGCUCGACACCUCGGCCGAUAAUACCAGCAGCAUCAAUUACAUCUGGAACUACACCAGCAAGCAAGGAGACGAUCACACAGAUAUCUCCCAGACGCACACGACAAUUGGAAGCACCAGCGUGACCAACAAGAUCUCUGUGCCAUGGGGCCUGAACGACCAGGGGCAGACUUCUGACUACUCUGCGAGCUGGUCUUGCAAGCUUGUCUUCGCUUCCGUCCAAGCUGGCGGUCUCAAUAUUACUCAAUCCCCUGCCAGCAUUGUCCCCUCUGUCUCUGGCAGUGUGGACGACACUCUCUUCCACCAUGGCUCUCUGGACGGCAUCACCGACGCCAUUUCUGGUUCCCUCAAGGCCCUUCCCAUUUCGCAGGUUGCGAGCGCUUGCCAUCUGUUACUCAACGGCCCAUGGGGAUUCCAUUUCUCUGGAGGAAACACGUUUUAUAUGCAGGGUGUGGAGUUCAACAAGGAGGGAGAUCUCACGGUCGAUCUGAGCUAUAAGACUCAGUGA